AUGUCCCUUUCGUUUUGGUUGGGAUUUUUGACAUGUGUAAUAGUUACUGUAUUGACUUGUUAUUACGCAUUAAUGUCAUUGAAUAAAGCGCAAGUCUAUGCAUCAAAAUUAUCACAGAUGGCAAGCACAGCGCCGCGAACCGAUACAGCUCUCAGACCAUUCUCAUUCGACAUAAAGUUCGAUCCCUUUCCCAGUAACAUUGUAAUUACCAAUCCCUACCAAUGCACGGAAACCGAUUUGAAACCAUGCAAACUUGACGACGCAUUAUCUUGCGCCGGUUGUCAAAAUCUGAUUGCUCGGUGCACGCAUUUUGAAACAGAUGCUAAAAUUGUCGUAGACGGUGAAGUGGUGGGCACUGUUCCAAAAAACGAUACACUCAACGACGGGUAUUGUUUGGCGACUACAAGCGUCGUGGACUCGUGCAACCCGUUCCACGGCGACCUCGCCAUAGCGAAGGCCAACAAAGAAACGGAAUUGAGCCAAUUAAUUUGCAUCUGUAAGAAUCCAGGAGCUAUAGGAAAUACGACUCUUCUGGGAAACUGCUCCACGCCGUUCGUGUGCGACGGUAAAGUUGAAGAUAUAAAUGUGCCGCUUUCUCAGAUCAAAUGCGUUUGCGGAAGCGGUAGGGUGGCGGCCACCGCCGAGGUAUCCCAACUUCCAAUCUGCCAGAGAGAUUCCGUACAAACUCACGAUUAUACAAAUCACCAAUAUCCCUCUGAUGAUUUCGUGGACAUUGACAGGUUCAAUGCCGACGUGCGGGCCAACGUGAGCGCUUCCAAAUUGCGGAAUCCAUGCACCACAUGUCUAAUUUCUGGUAAGAGAGUUGACGGAGAAUUGGUGGCACGUUCGGAUGGGGGAUAUCAAUGCCGAUGUACUUCGCCGUCUUGCUUACCCAUUCGACGAUCGCCUGAUGCCCGACUUUUACGCGGUGACAUCGGCCCCGAUGCCGUAAUAAAUCUCAAAUGGAAAGUAAUCAAGAUGUUACCUCACAUGAGUUCGUCCGAUUGGCGAGAAUUAACUGCAGUUAUACUAAAGACCGACAAUGCCGAAUUGUUCGAAACGAUGGGGUUGACAGAAGACGCUUACGAAAUGAAUUUGACCAAAAAUCAAACAAUGUGGCCUAGAAUGUAUUCAAAUGAUUUUCACGUCCGAUAUACCAGCGGUGUGUGGUGUGAAGGUGCCACGUUCACUUACAACUGUUAUGUUUCUCCAAACCUCGAUCACGACUUGCCUAUGACGAACGGAUAUUCGGUUCCCAACUUUUGGAUCAAUCGAUUGCUCGGCAAUUACAAAUUAAGAUAUCUCGAAUAUGGUUAUUGGUGGGUUGCCAUCGGGUCAGGUAAUGUAAAUUGGAAUCACGCCAGAGACGUUCGUAACGCAGUAACUUUGAAUAAUCUUGACGUCGACCCAUUUGAAUUUCACCCAAGGCUUUGGGAUUCCAACGUCAUAAAUAACAAUUUAAGAUUCUUAUACUCGGCAUUCAUUUUAAUCAAUUCUGAUGGAGAGAAUCCCACUUCUAGCCAUUUAAACAACACCACAGUGUAUGCGCAAAAUGACAAUGAUUAUACUAGUUGGAAAAGCGCUUCACUUAAGCUUAAUCCUUAAUAAACACACGAACGCGCGAAAUGUAACAUGUAAAAUGCACGAACGCAUUUGCGAUCAGGUAACAUGUACGAACGCAAAUUCACGAAUUUGCGAUUGCGCACGAUGUACGAACGCAAAUUCAUGAAUUUGCGAUUGUGCACGAUGUACGAACGCAAAUUCAUGAAUUUGCGAUCAGGUAACAUGUACGAACGCAAAUUCACGAAUUUGCGAUUGUGCACGAUGUACGAACGCAAAUUCAUGAAUUUGCGAUCAGGUAACAUGUACGAACGCAAAUUCACGAAUUUGCGAUUUUACAUGAUGUACGAACGCAAAUUCACGAAUUUGCGAUUUUACAUGAUGUACGAACGCAAAUUCACGAAUUUGCGAUUGUGCACGGUGCACGAACGCAAACUGCGCUCACCGCAUUGCGUUGUGCUAUACACAACUACCUUCCUCAAGAGCCGAAGAUUAAUGCGGUGGGAAAAGGAGAUGAUGAAGAAGGAUCUGAAAUGAAUCCCGAAAUCGUUCUGGUGUGGGCUGUGAUUGUGGCAAAUUUGCUGGUAAUAUUCUCUGUUUUAGUUCAAACGUACCAAACUCGAAGUAAUUGGAGUGGAAACGCCAUAAAUAACGCUUCUUAUUACUCUAGAUUCGCGCCUUGUUAUUUCGAAGUUUAUGACAAAAGUAUCGAUGCCAAAUGCGACCGUUUGAUAAACGUUCGGCCGUUCGGUUGGUGGAUAUGGGCCAAGAGCGGCAUGGUGAUAGUUUUAAACGAAUCUACAGAGGCGUGUCCCGUAGGCUUUACACCAGCAGUCUUAGUGCCAAAGUCAAACCCCGGAAAUAAGACGAAUGCAUUUCGAGCAACCUGCGUUAAUAUGACUCUAACAGAUAUUUUAGAUUCAUACCGCGAUGUUAAAGCUGUCAAGGUACAAUAUAACAUAGAAGAUCUACAAUCUCAAACUGGUAAAUUCACGAUACUGGACGCGUUGAAUUUUCUAUUCCAACACUAUAUUACCCAAGAUAGCGAAUCGGACGUCGAAGAACUUCGACUUGAUACAGAUCCAAACCACGCAAUACGCCUCGUGAACCAAUGUGGAGCCGCCAACUCGAAUCCGCUACUUGCACGAAAUUUCCAUAAAGGAAUUGAUUACGCACUACCACCGUCCGUACUGCGAUCCUUGAUAGCUUCUACGACAAAAGCUCUCCGAAAAUAAUGGAAUCAAGUAAUUGGUGUCUUACGGUCUACGACCCAUCAGGCCCUCACCCUUGUCCAAUAUUCAGAAGCACAUAUCAGUCGGCUGGCGUUGACAUCGGGGCAUGCGUGACCAUCAAUUGUGGAAAGGACAGAGUUCAUCUCGUACCGACCAACCUGAAAAUAAUAGGACUCGAUAAAAAUCAAGCUGCCAUGAUUUUUCCCAAAAGUUCCGGUGUAGACGAAUUCGAUAUUAUAACCGGCGUUAUAGAUGCAGACUACGAUGGUGCCAUCUCAAUACGGAUACGAGCCUACAAAGACGUGACGAUCAAAGCCGGAAUCCCCAUUGCCCAAAUUGUCGUCCUCAACUACGAUAACCCCUACGUGGGACUUUUGAAGAGAGGAAAGCGUGGAUUGGGACAAGCAACAGCAAAUGUUCUCGCUAGCGGAAUACAAUAAUGUAUAAAAUAUACCAACCAUCUAUUUUAUGAAGAACACACAAAGAUGUGGCCGUGUGACAAAUUUUUGUUUUGGGCCUUUGCCUUCUAUCUCUUGAUUUCAACCUCCGUUACAAUUACAUCGAUGGUGUUGCAAGAUCAAGAUUUUGUUAGAAUAAUGGUAAUUGUCAGCGGUGUGACCAUCAACUUGGGAACACUUAUCCAGGUGGUAACAAUGUGGCUCAAAAGAGACAUCAACCUGUCACAUCUUUAUAUUACGGGCUUGGUUAUCGGAUGUUGUCAACUUCUCUCUCUUCAAGUCUUUAUUCUGGUAAAUUCUCCUGAUGGAGACACAAUGACCAGCACCGUAAUUUCCACAGCGUGUAGUCUUGCGUGCGCAGCAUUGCUGUUAUUGACGUUAACAUGUCAAAGACGAAAGGGAAGAAAAGAAAAAUGUCUCAUUUUCGUGGAGGGAACGAGUGGUAUAGGCAAGACGACGGUAUCCGAUGCCAGCAUAGACUUCACCAGAAUGUGUCAAAUAUUCCCCGCGUAUAAAGACAAGGAAUCCAGUACGGCGUUUGCCAGCGCAUAUACUCUAGAUACGAUGCUACUACUAAUCGAAUACGCCGUUAAAUUAGGCAAAAGAUCACAUCAUGUUGUCAUGGACAGAAGUCCGCUGUCUCAAAUCUUGUACGGGCUAUUAUUUUCUUGUGAUGGUGGAAAUGCGAGCCCCGGAAAAUUCAUGGCUGACUUCACCGAAAAAUUCGAUGUACUCGCACCUCGUCUGAUAAAGGUCUACAAAAAUAUGAUAAGCUCAUUCAAUGAACUAGGAUACGACUCUGUCCGCAUCGUGUGGGCAAUUGCUGCUGAUGUUGAAAACACGGUGCGCGUGUUAACCAAGCGCAACGGAUUUGAAGUAGGUCUGAACUGCCGCAACUAUGUAAUUAAUCAGAAUUACGCUUUUAAGAAAAUGGCACAUCUCUUAGAUAAUGAGUUACUUCAAUGCCACACGUUUAUAACAAGACGUCAACUAUUUAGACGCGAACUUUUAAGUGAUAUAUUAAAUGGUGAUGUAUUUUGAAGAUCAAAGAUGGAUACAGUUUUUCUCUCAACUCGUGAGUUUGAAGAUCAAAGAUGGCUACAGUUUUCUCUAAUUUUU